CAGGCCCUCUCCAAAAGUCUCAGAGGGCCCGAACCACCAGCAGUCCUGAUGCAACCAUUUCAAGCUCAAGUUCUGAUGAAGGUGCCAAGAGCCAAAGGGGGGAAAGUCCAAGUUCCUCCCAGGCCCCACCUUCCCGAGAGCUCUCACAAAGAUCCUCUGGCCAGGAAGGCAGGCACGUUGGUGCAUUUUCUGCUGUACAAGUAUAAAAUGAAGGAGCCCAUUACAGAGGCAGAAAUGCUGAAGGUUAUCAACAAAAAGUACACGGAGCAAUUCCCCGAGAUCCUCAAGAGAACCACUGAGCGCUUGGAGCUAGUCUUUGGCCUUGAGCUGAAGGAAGUUGACCCCAGCAGUCACUCUUACGAAUUUGUUAGCAAAGUGGGCCUUCCCACCAAAGGGCGUCUGAGUGAUGGCGUGGGUUUUCCCAAAAAUGGGCUCCUGAUGCCUCUCUUGGGUGUGAUCUUCAUGAAUGACAACCGUGCCACUGAGGAGAAGAUGUGGGAAUUUCUGAAUGUGUUGGGGGUCUAUGCUGGGAGGAGGCACCUCAUCUUUGGGGAGCCCAGGAAGCUCAUCACCCAAGAUUUGGUGCAGGAGAAGUACCUGGAGUACCGCCAGGUGCCCGACAGUGAUCCCCCUCGCUAUGAGUUCCUGUGGGGUCCCAGAGCCCACGCUGAAACCAGCAAGAUGAAAGUCCUGGAGUUCUUGGCUAAAGUCAGUGAUACGGUCCCCACUGCCUUCCUGGGCCGGUAUGAAGAGGCUUUGAGAGAUGAGGAAGAGCGAGCCCAAGCCAGAGAUGAAACCAAGGCUGCCCCUGGUGCCCCGGCCAGCGACUGCUCCUAGGCCACGUCCAGCAGCCCCCUCAGCCCUAGCAAAGUCGAAGACAGGGUCUUCACCUUGCAGGUGGAAAGGGCUAUCAACCUCCUAACGUAGUGGGGAGUCAGGUGGAGCUGGAGAGAGCAGAAUGUAUCUCUUCUCUGUGUUCUUGUUAU